ACUAUGUCCAGUAGGUAGCAGAAAUAGGUCGUACUGCGAGCAGUAGUCCAAUAAUAGUCAACCGGAAGCAGAUAGAUUCGAGGGCUAGUGGAAGAUUCUGGAAGUCUCUUCUUUCUUAUACGGAGACAUAGGACGAGAAGAGACUUCACAAUAUUUCACGAUUGAACUGUUUUGUGGUAACUAUGGUAAAGGAGACUGGUUUUUAUGAUAUGCUGGGUGUAAAGCCCAGUGCCAGCCCUGAAGAGUUGAAGAAGGCCUAUCGUAAACUGGCAUUAAAAUAUCACCCAGAUAAAAAUCCAACAGAGGGGGAGAAGUUCAAACAGAUUUCCCAGGCAUAUGAAGUUUUGUCAGAUGCCAAGAAGAGGGAAGUGUAUGACAGAGGGGGUGAGAAGGCCAUUAAAGAGGGAGGGAAUGGAGGGCCAAGUUUUGGCUCACCCAUGGACAUUUUUGACAUGUUUUUUGGAGGAGGGGGGAUUCACAGGGAAAGGAGAGGUAAAAAUGUGGUGCAUCAGAUGUCAGUGACUUUGGAAGACCUUUAUAAUGGAACCACAAGGAAACUGGCUGUCCAGAAGAAUGUCAUCUGUGGAAAAUGUGAAGGUCGUGGAGGUCGUAAAGGAGUGAUUGAAGUGUGUCCCUUAUGCCGCGGGGUGGGUGUACAAGUCAGGUUACAUCACUUAGCACCUGGCAUGGUACAGCAGAUAUCAACAGUCUGCACUGGUUGUCAGGGGCAAGGGCAGCGCCUCAGUCAUCGUGACCGCUGCAAAACAUGCGCUGGUCGCAAGAUACUACGACAGAAGAAAAUUCUAGAGGUGCACAUUGAUAAAGGUAUGAAAGAUGGACAGAAAAUAGUAUUUCAUGGGGAGGGGGAUCAGGAGCCUGGCCUUGAACCGGGAGACAUCAUCAUUGUCUUAGACCAAAAGGCACAUUUAGUUUUUACCAGACAAAGAGAGGAUCUCUACGUGAGCAUGGAGCUACAGUUGGUAGAGUCAUUAUGUGGUUUUCAAAAACCCCUUAAGACACUGGACAACAGAACUCUACUCAUCACAUCCCACCCAGGGGAGCUGAUCAAACCUGGAGAUAAGAAAUGUGUUCUGAAUGAGGGGAUGCCUAUGUACCGUCGACCAUUUGAAAAAGGCAGACUCAUCAUUCUUUUCAAUGUUGUCUUUCCUGAGGAGAACUUCCUCCCAAUGAACAAGCUGAAGGAACUAGAAAGGUAUCUACCAGAAAAACAGGCGAACACUGAGCCCGAUGCCAUGGAUGAUGACCUCUAUAUCUAUGCUGACCUUGAGGACUGUGACCUGACCCAGGAGCGCCAUCAUUACCACUUUAUUGAGGAGGAAGACUUUUACCCCCCUGGAGGUGUACAGUGUCAAACCUCAUAAAGGUUCUUAUGCCUUUAUCCUCGCACAUACACAAAAGCCACUUCUGAUGCAACAAAAGACGACAUACUAGACCAAAAGGAAGAAAUGUCAUUGCCUCUCAACUACUUCUGUGCCUAAAAAUAAGACCUAAUACUGCCGGGCUCUUGUAGCUACGUUUACAUGGACAGUUUUUAAACCUGAAUGAGAUCUUUCAGGUUGUUGAUUAUAUAUGUACUGUUUUCAUGAAGGAUGAAUAAAAAUAUGUAUGUUUUUAUAUGUCCCAAACAUCAAACUUCAGAUUAGAUCAUCUGGCAUGGUACACUAAACAAAUCAUCAGGCAUCCCAGCGGACCAUUACAGAUGGACCUGUUACCCAACUGUUUACCUCUGCCAUUUUCUGUUCCUGUUGAUGGUUUAUCAAAAGGUUAUAUCAGGGUUAUAUACCCUUUUAUCCACACUAAAUGUUUUUCCCACGGGAUUUUUUUUUUUUGACUGAGCUAUUAGCAUGAUUAAAAACAAACUGUUACCGUCCAUGUAAACGCUGCUAUUGUUUGGAAAUAGCUUUUAGUCCAAAACGUGCAAGCAGUUAAUACGAAGAGGAUAUCAUGGCACAAAAACAACUUGGAGGGUGAGUAAACAGAAUUUUUGGGGGGAUCUGUGCUUUUAAACAGAGUUGUUAGACUGGUGCCAUAGAGUUUCCAAAAAGAGGGUCUGUGGAAAGGAUGUAGCAAAUGAAAUAUAGAGGUUAAGAAGGUUGUGCCAUAAACACAAAAAAAUUGACCUUUCAAGACUGAUUUACUUUGAAGAUUAAAUUUUCAUCACUGGUUUGACAAAACAUUUGUUGUAGUAUUUUGGGGGUUUUGCUAGUUAAUUGUGUGGUACAUGUAAGAUAAUUUGUUGAUAUUGAUGUUAUUUUGCUAAUUAUUGCCAGUUUGUAAAAUCUGUUUUGUCAAACUUUGUGAACUAAUGAUAGCUGAAGUACCUACUCAAUUGCAUUAAAAUGCAUUAAAACUGGAGGUGCUUGUAAUAUAAAAGAAUAAUAAAAUAAAAUGAUAUAAAAUAGUAGACUGCAAUGUCCAUAGUUAAAAAGCCUUAUAUUUUAAAAGUUUAAUAAUUUCUUCUACUGUUAACCCACUGGAUUGUAUUUUAACCUGGCCAAAUGCCAACAAUUUAUGUUACAACUCUUAUGAUGACUUAUAAGGGGCGUGUAAAGUCUGAUGUUAAAUGUGUUUUGUGGUCACACCACAGAAAAAUGUGUUAACCACCCAGCCAAAUUUAAAUGAUAAAUACUUGUAAAGUUAAUAAAAUAAGUUAUCAAACUCUUUAAAAAAAGGCAGAAUUCUCUACUCUUAAAUGCUGGGGGCCUGUCUACUGCCUACGCUAAAACCACGCUCACUCACAGGAAAGGUUGCCGUCUUUUUCAACUUUCAAAUACCGCUACAACAUAAAUAAAUGUUCGUUGUGACUGUUGUUAUAGAUAUGUACACUAGAUGUCACCUUGGCUACGGCAGUUCAUUGGGACGAAUGCGUCAAAUAGAGCCGCCAUCUUGAAACGGGAGCCCUGCAUCAGCGUCAUUGUAGGCAAUGGUGUAACAGAAAUAAAAUCAUCAUAAACCGUCAUGAAUGCGAUUUUCUUGGGGGGGGGGGUUGGUUCGUUCUCACAGUCAGACAUGUAUUUAGCAUUGAGUACAAAAAAAUGAAAGUUUUGAUAUUAUGAAAAUCUACUUUUUCUAACUAUAAUGCAUAGUAGUAGGCCUAACAUCCAUACGCAGCACAAAAGUCCGGCAUCGUCCAUGAAUUCGAAGUACAGGCGGAGAUAGCAGCGUUACCUAGCUACUUUCUAUGACAAGACCCGUUUCAAGAUGGCGGCGGUUUUGAUGCAUGCUUAGAACCCCAAGGCGACAUCUAGUGUAUAUAUCUAUGACUGUGUUGGGGUGGGGCCAUACUCGGUGGCUCCAGUGCGUCAUCGAGUCAUGAUUUUAAGACCAUGUAUAAUCCUGAACUCGGAAAUGGUUUUACAGUCUUUGUAAUGUGUUUCAGAAAUACAUUAUUAUUUUUAGAAACAGUUCUCUGAAUAAACUUCACACAGACUUUAAUAAUGGUAACACGUAAUAGCCAAGAAUUAUUAAAGCCAUAUGUUGCUUUUUUGUGGAAUCCACAGCUUACAUAACAAAUGAGACGACACUCAAAUCCUAUUUAUUUUAGAUUUGGAAAUGACAAUGCACAUUUUAUGCAAACUAUGCUAUAAAGUGUUCUGCAGCAUAUCUUUCUAUAAUACUUUUCCGCAGCUUGGGUCAGCUGUGUUCUGGUCUACAUUUCAAAAACCUUUUGAAGAUGGGAAAUGCACUUUUAUCCCUGUCCCUUUAUUAUUGUUAUUGUAUUGUUUUAUUUCUGUUAGGUCUGCCAGCAGAAAAGCCUUUUUGUUGAUAAUUUGUGUUAAAAUUAAUUGCAAAUUUGAUUUAUAACCAUUAUCAUUUACAUUUGUAAUUCUAUUUAUAAAAUAAAUGUAACAAUGUUAUUUAA